GUACGUCAUGAUUGGGUCAUGAUGAAAUGAGGACAACGUUUUCUUGCGUAUAACAUUUGAUAAGGAAUUACAUGUAAUUUCGAAGGUUACAGAAAACUAUAGCAGUGUUUUCAUUGCACGUAUUAAAAAUAUGCAGUGGAACGGUAUAUUCCGCACUCGGAAUGUGUUACAGGGCUACCAGUGUAGGUUGCAAUAUUGAAUUGCUGCGAAGGAUGGUUUUUAUGCAGGAAGGAGAGUAGUGGGAUAGUAAUGUAUAACUGUAAAAUUAACCAAUAAUAAUCGUGAUAUAUUUUCAUCUAUCAAAAUGAUGGAAGAUCUGCAAGGAGCGGACAUUUGCCGGGUGUGCCGCUCCGAAGGUUUACCAGACCGGCCUCUGUUUCAUCCUUGCAUAUGCACUGGGAGUAUCAAAUGGAUUCAUCAAGAAUGUUUGGUGCAAUGGAUGAGAUACAGCCGUAAAGAAUAUUGUGAGCUAUGUGGGCACCGCUUUUCCUUUACACCAAUUUAUUCACCAGACAUGCCAAGGCGAUUACCUCUUCGUGACGUGGCUGGAGGUUUAUUGUCAAGUGUUGCUACGGCUGUCAAGUACUGGUUACAUUACACACUGGUGGCAUUGGCAUGGCUUGGAGUUGUGCCACUUACAGCAUGUAGGAUUUAUAGAUGUCUUUUCACAGCUUCUGUUGACUCUGUUUUGAUUCUGCCACUGGACAUACUAUCUACGGAAAACAUCCCGUCAGAUGUGUUUCAUGGAUGUUUUGUAGUGACUUGCACGUUGUUUGCAUUCAUUGGUCUGGUGUGGUUGCGGGAACAGAUUUUGCAUGGUGGUGGUCCUGAUUGGCUUGAGAGAGAUAAUAACAAUGUUCCUCCACCAGCGGGGGACGUUCUUGCCCCCCCAGCUCAGCCACCUCCACCUGAUAAUAAUAAUGUAUUGGAACCUGACUUGCAGCAAGGAAUGGAUCAGGAGCAACGUCCAGUUGUGGCUGCUUUAGCAGGAGGUGUUUUGCCACCUCCUGUCAUUGGUGGAGACCUGGAUGGAGUGGACCCUCUUGAAAAUGCUGCUGUAGCAGAUGCAGAUGAAAAUGGAGGUGGUGCCGGAGACAAUGGAGGAGCAGCUGAUGAAGGCAAUUGGAACCCAAUAGAGUGGGAUCGAGCUGCAGAGGAGCUGACUUGGGAACGCCUGCUUGGAUUGGAUGGUUCACUUGUAUUUCUUGAACAUGUGUUCUGGGUUAUCUCAUUAAACACCCUCUUCGUUUUGGUGUUUGCAUUCUGUCCAUACCAUAUCGGACACUUCGCUGUGGUGGGUUUCAGUUUGCGAGAGCAUGCGGCGGCAUCUCACUUUGAAGGUCUUGUUACCACUUUAUGUGGGUAUUGUGUCAUUGGACUCUGCCUUGUCCUGCUACAUGGUUUGGCUUCACAUCUUGGUUUACGAGGUGCCAAGAGAGUUCUUGGGCUUUGUUAUGUAGUGGUGAAGGUGUCCUUACUGUCAGUAGUUGAAAUAGGUGUCCUACCAUUAAUUUGUGGUUGGUGGCUGGAUAUCUGUUCCUUGUCAAUGUUUGAUGCAACCCUUCGAGAUCGAGAGUCGAGUUUUCGCCUCGCUCCUGGCACUUCCAUGUUCAUACAUUGGCUUGUUGGGAUGGUAUAUGUGUACUACUUUGCAUCAUUCAUCUUGCUUCUUAGAGAAGUGUUGAGACCUGGUGUACUUUGGUUCCUGAGAAAUUUAAAUGAUCCUGACUUCAGCCCAAUUCAGGAAAUGAUCCAUCUUCCAAUAGUGCGACAUGUAAGACGACUGCUAGCAUCUGCAGUCAUCUUUGGAACAGCUGUGCUGCUGAUGCUGUGGCUGCCUGUUCGAAUCUUGCGAGUCGUGUGGCCCAGUUUCCUGCCAUACACUGUAGCAUUACAGAGUGAGGCACAGGUUAAUGAGCUGUCACUUGAACUUCUGCUGCUUCAGGUGAUACUUCCUGCAUUGUUGGAGCAGUCACAUACAAGAACUUGGCUAAAAAGCUUAGUGCGCACUUGGUGUCGAGCUGUGGCCUGGCUUUUAGACUUGCAUUCAUACCUUCUUGGUGAUGAAGGAGGAGAGCAGGGGCCUGCAGAUGCUGCUGGGGCCCCUCAAGGUGCUCAGGCCCAUCAUCAGCACCCCGUCAACAACGAUCAUGGCGGUGGAGGUGUGGGAGGUCUUGGUGCAGCACAUCAGGCUCUCUUGCAGCGGGAGGGACCAAUAGGAUUCCAGCCAUAUGAACGUCCACGGUGGUUCCCUGCUCGUUUAGUGGGUCUGUUGCUAGCUGUAUGUGUGACACUUGUGUUUGCUAGCUUGGCUGCUCUUACACUGCCUGUCUGGUUGGGACGUCGCGUCAUGGCUCUCUGGCUUGUUGGAGCUCCUCCCCCUGCUCCACCUGUUGUUGCCACAGUAGCAUCUGCUGUGGGUGGGACAAGCAGCGAUGGUAUCUCUGUUGGUGGCCGAGUGCAUGAACUGUAUACAGCAGCGUGUGGGACCUAUUUGUGUUGGCUUGCAGCUCGUGCAAUUGCCUUGAUGCUUAGCUGGUUGCCCCAGGGCAGGGCCGCCAUUCUUGCCCGUUUACGCCAAUGGUGUGUUUUGGGUGCCAAAUCAGCGGUUGCCUUCUCAGUGCUUCUUGGAGUGGUUCCUCUCCUCUUUGGACUUCUCCUGGAGUUGGUGGUUGUGGUCCCACUGCGCGUGCCUCUUGACCAGACUCCGGUGCUGUUCGUGUGGCAGGACUGGGCCCUGGGUGUCCUGUACACCAAAAUAGCCUGUGCAGUAACCAUGAUGGGUCCUGAGUGGGCACUCCGACGUGCUAUUGAGAGAGCAUAUCGAGAUGGAAUUCGUGGCAUGGAUCUGGCAUUUGUGCUUCGUGAGUUAGCUGCACCAGUGGUGGCCUGUUUUGGUCUGGCUCUUGCCGUCCCAUAUGCCACAGCAUAUGGUAUCAUCCCCUUUGUGGUCGCCAGUCCACACCUGCGGAAUCUCAUAGCACGGAGGCUGUAUCCAUUUCUGCUUCUCAUCAUGCUUGUGGUUGGUGUCAUCGUGUUUCAGAUCCGUCAAUUUCGCAAGCUGUACGAACACAUCAAGAAUGACAAGUACCUGGUGGGACGUAGGCUAGUUAAUUAUGACCACAGGCGUCACAAAUCGUCAAGUGGCAGUAGUAGCAGUCAGUCGAGCAUCCAGCAUUAGAAUGAGAACAAUAAUAUAUGGCAGUUUCAUACCCUCUUGCCAGAUGCUAUAUCUCAUCAGAACUCCCAGUGUUUGGCACUAAGCAUCAGUACAGCUGAGGCUAAUUAUCCUCUUACACAAUAUACCACUGUAAUAUAUACUGCAGGAUAAUACCAGGUGCAUAAUGGUUGCCAACUCUCUUGAAAGUAUACACAGGGUUCUACAUAUGGGCUGUAGCUUUAGAUGUCUUUGACAUGUCAGGUUAGUGAAAAUUAUAGUCAGUGGUUUUUAUCAGUUUCUUAAUUGGUAGAGGUCCAUUUCCUAUAUCCAAUUAUAAUAUUUUUGUUUUGUCAUUCCUGUUAAAUGGGAUUAUUCUGUAGCGCUGCUUAUAACAUACCUACGUACAGAUACAUGUCUGUAAUAUUUAAUCCCAGUUAAAUCUUCAUGGCUGUUGUUUAUUAUUGAUUGUAAAUGCUGGUUGGCUUUGUGGCAUAAUCUGUUUUAAGUGGAUAGUGAUGGAGUAGAAUAGGAUAGUUGGCAACCAUGAUUUGAUGGCACUCAACACAGACUGAGGCUGCUACUCUAUCCCAACCUUACCUUUUACAGGGGUGGACAGACUUCUUGUCUUCCACAGAUGUAUUUUAAAAUCUGAAGUUCAGUUUUUAAGAAACUGUGGUAAAAUAUUUUAAGAUCAUUCUGAACACAAGUUUUUUUUGCCCCUGUACUCUUCUUCUUUCUUAAUGAUUAUAUCUUCCACUGGCUCCAGUAACAAGCAGUUGUUUAGAAAAUGUUGAACUUUCAUAAUUUUUUUCAAAUAACUUCAUGCUGAAUUGUGGAAUAUGUCUCUGUUUUUUAUAUUAAACUGAAAGCUACAGUAUGAAAGAGUUAGACACGAAUAAUACACAGCUCUUAAGUUAAUGCAAGUGAAUUUAACCCCAGAUUAAGAUCUAAAUACUGUUUAUGUUUUUUGUUGAGAAAAUAAAAAAAUUAAGUUUGUUUUGGUCCUAGAGUUACACAUGUGGUUCACAAGUUUCAGUUUGGCCACCUCUGCCACAUACCCUUCCUGCCAGAUACUUAAUUGUAGUGGUAAACCUGUUGCAAGUAGCGAAUGGAUGAAAUUGUGUGAAUGUCAUGAGCAAGUGACACAAUUGGCAUAGUAUUUAUCAUUUAGGUUGUUAUUGGUCUGUUGGAAUACAGUUUUGGCCAGUGGUCUGGCACUGCUGAGGGAAUGAAAGGUCAAUAAAGGACCGCUAUGAUUACUUCUGUGAUGUGUAAUUGAUUGAGGGGUAAGACAUCUUUUUUUUUCAAUAAGUCCCAUUCAUAAAAUGCGAAGAAUGUUUAGUAGUAGUUACAAAAGGGCUAGAGAUACUCUGAUAAUAAAAUUGCACAA